AUGAAGACUCGUCUGAAGGGCGCACAGAAAGGUCAUUCGUUGCUCAAGAAGAAAGCUGAUGCCCUGAAUAUGCGUUUCCGUGAUAUUCUGAAGAAGAUCGUCGAGAACAAAGUGCUCAUGGGUGAGGUCAUGAAGGAGGCAGCUUUCUCUCUAGCUGAAGCAAAGUUCACAGCCGGAGACUUUUCACAUACUGUCAUUCAAAAUGUCUCACGCGCACAAUAUCGUAUUCGCAUGAAGAAAGAGAACGUUGUAGGUCAGUGUUAA